AUGGUUAACUGGAAAGCCGACGAUGCCACCGACCGUCUCAUCGCUGCCCUGAUAGCAGCUCACCCUGGCUUGAAGAUCGACUACGCUGCUAUAGCAGCCAUGUUCGGACAGGACGCUACCUAUGAUGCUGUCGAGGGCCGUUUUCGCCGCUAUCGAAAGAUGGCAGACGACCUGCGCUCCGAUGCUCGCACUCGCGGCAUUGCUAUCGACGCUCCGUCUAGAUCCCGUGCUGCUGCUACCCCUCGUACCCCUCGCACUCCCCGCACCGGCGGAAGAGUCUCAAAACCAUCUUCCUUGUCCUUGAAGGGCAAGGAAAAGGGAAAAGAUGGUCUGGAGACUGCACUCACUACGCCUACGAAGAGCGGCAAAAAAAAUGGCAUGUCGCCGUUCGAUGCUAUCUGCUUGGACGAGGGUGCUGGUGGCGAGGCCAAUGAUACUGAAGCGAAAAUAAAGAUCAAGAACGAUGACGAUGACGAGGCCAGGAUGCUCGCCAAGCGUGCUGCUCUGCGUGCGGCGACCACCUUUGAAGCGACUCUUGAUGCCCCGUUGAGCCCGUUGAGUCCUCUUUCUGGCCGAGGUGGAAUGAAGAAAGAGGAACCUGCCGAUGAUGACGCUUUGUUUGUUCCUGGUCUUGUGGAGUCUGUUGAGACUGCACCUGUUCCUACUAUGGGGCCUGUUGGGGGUGAGGAUUUGCAUGGGGAUAUCUACGCGGAGUCUAUUUGA